AUGCUGCCAUCAGCAGACGACGAGAAGCGGCUACUGGGCUCGGUGAGUGUUCUUCUCGGGAGGUCAAUGGCCUGGCGCGACGGCUCCUUGAGAACGCAGAUGACCGACUGUGCCACAACUGCCGUCUUGCUUUCAACAGCGGCAGCCAACUUCUUGAUCACUGUCUGCUCUGCUUUGAAAUUCUACUUGGACCCUCCGGAAGAAACUGAGAAGGCAUCUCAAGCCGCUUUCCUGCUGACAGUCUCUAUACCCAACGCAGUGAAGGGGAUCUCGUUGACCCGACAGCGGACUCGGCUGCAGCAGGUCGUGGCCUGGCUACUGGUCAUGAGGAGAGCCGUCCAGGAUGGUGCUGGAAGACGCCGCCUCUACGCUCGCAGCGCCAACCUCGUCGGCAACAUGUGGAUGAUUAUGGGUGUCUUGGCGGGAAUGAUAUGGGCUGUGGACCCCCUGCUCAGUGAGCCGCCUCCGCUAAACGGGACGUCUCCGGAUCCUGCACUGCCGCUACCAGUUUGGUUGCCUUUCGACGGGAACGCACCAGACACCUACAGCCUAACGUUCGCGCUGGAGGCCGUCGUCUUCGCCUGGGUCGUGUUCUCUGCGAUGUGCGUCGACGUGCUCUACAUCACGCUCAUUAUCAACGUCGCUGCGGAGCUUCACGUCCUCAAUGACAACGUUGAAAUAACGGGGAACGGAGCUGAUGUGGUCGGACAUUCUAACAGAAAGAUUGGGUACUUCGAAGUGUACAGAAGUGAAGGCAACGAUACGUAUCGACUGCUUGUCAAGAACAUUCAGCAUCACCAACUCAUUAUCAAGUGUGUCAACGAGUUCCAGAAGGCUACUGGGACACCAGUCCUGUUUGUAGUUGCCAUUAAUGUUUUGAAUCUGUGCUCGAACAUCAUCUCUCUAGCAGCGUUGUUGGAGAAAGACCCACGUGCAUCUACUGUAGUCAAAUCGUUGGUCGGCUGUCUGGGAUUUGUGAUCGAGACUGCAAUAUACUGCCUUCCAGGACAGAUGAUAAUAGAUCAGAGUGAGCGACUCGUGCACUCGGCAUACAGCUGCCACUGGCCAGACGCCGACGGCCGCUUCAAGAGCUCGCUACUCAUCUUCAUGGUACGUGCAGGACAGCCCCUCCGCCUCAGGGUGGGGAAGCUCAUCACCAUCUCCAGGGAGACUUACCAGGAGCUGAUGAAGUUAUCGUACCAGCUCUUCAACUUGGUGUACCAAUUGCAGAGCAGCUAGGAGUGGAACAACGGUCGAUCAUGCUCGGCAGUAUUACCGUUUC